AUGGGGAAGAAGCGAUUAAAGCCUGCGUCUGAUGGAAAUAAACACAAACCAAAACACAAGGCGAAGAAACAGAAGAAGCCCUCGCAGCUGCAGGACGCCCCCCUCCCGCGCGGCGCCGAAGACAGCGACGCCGACGGCAGCGGGGGCGGCGGCAGCGGCUCCGAGUCGGAGGUGGAGCUCAGCGAUGAGGACGUGCGGUUUGUGCGGCAGCACGCGCGGGGCAUAGGUUUUCUGGAAAACCUGGAUGCCCAAGCGCUGGACAGGUCGGUCAAAGACAAGCAAAAGGCCGGCGUCGCGGCCGCCGCGCGCAAGGCGGCCGCCGAGGAGGCCGCCGCCGCCGCCGCCGCCGCCGCGGCUGGCGGGGGCAAUGGCGCGGCCGCUGAUGGGGAGGGGGGGCGGCGCGAGAAGGCGGGCGAGGAUCAAGGGGAGGAGGAAUAUGAGCGGCGGCCGAGGGCGCGGGAGCAGGUGGGUGCAGCGGGGCGCGCCGUCACGCCCUGCACACCACGGGCGCCGCGCCGGCUUGGGAGCGGGCGCCCGCCGCCCGCCCGCCCGCCGCUCUGA